AUGGACCACCUUUGCUUCCAGGGCUUUGCCGUUAUCCUCAUGGUUCUGUACCCGGGAACACUGGCAGUGCCCUUAGGAGAGGUGACAACGCCAGAGAUCACUCGGGGCAGUAAUGGCAAAAUGACCCUGAGGUUCUCCGCUCUUGGGAUGAAUCUAGAAUUCCAUCUUAAUCCAGAUGAUGGUUUUCUAAGACCUGGGGUGAACAUUGGACGUGUUCAUAGGGCAGGUGAGGAGGAGGAGGGUGUGGAUGGUCUGAGGAGCUGUUUCUAUUCAAGUCAAGAGCCCUUUGCUGCUUUUAGUAUGUGUAAAGGGGUACAGGGUGCUUUCCUCCAUGGCCGGGACAGCUACAUCAUCCAACCCACUGACAAAUGGACAGGUCAAGGGCCGCUUGGUCAGCACCUCGUUUUUAAAGCCCGGAAUGGAGACACUGAAAGUUGGGGAAGCAGAACUGCAGAAAAUAACCAAGAAGAGAUCAAAAAUCCAGAGCAAAAAUCAGCAGGUGCAUCCGGCGCGAAGACAAAAAACGCAAGAGGGGGGAAACAGGACCUCAAUGCAGGCGAGGAGCCACAUGAUGGUGACCAGGUGCCACCCAGGUUAUCAGAAAGGGAUGGGGGUGACGUACAAGGGCAAGGUCCGCUGGACGGCAGCAGAGGAGACCGAAACCCCAACAUCUCCCCAAGGCAAACACAGACUUGGACCACCCUUGAGAAAUCCAAAAACGGGACGCAGAGAAGCGGAGCCGCUCGCCCCCAGUCUCGGAAUCGGAGGUUCGUGUCCGUGGACCGCUUCGUGGAGAUCCUGCUGGUGGCCGAUACCUCUAUGGUUCAGUUUUAUGGAGAAGAUUUAAAGCUCCAUCUCCUGACCCUCAUGUCCGUUGCAGCCCGGAUCUACAAGCACCCGAGCCUCCAGAAUUCGGUGAGCCUGGUGGUGGUGAAAGUCCUGGUGGUGGAGGACGAAGACGCCGGGCCGGACGUCUCGGAUAACGCUGGCCUCACCUUGAGAAACUUUUGUAACUGGCAGCAGGGUUUCAACCCACCGAGCGACCGCCAUUCGGAGCACUAUGACACCGCCAUCCUUCUUACCCGCCAGGAUAUCUGCGGACACAAGUCGUGCGGCACUCUGGGGGUGGCCGACAUCGGAACCGUGUGCGACCCCAGCAAAAGCUGCUCCGUCAUCGAAGACGAUGGACUCCAGGCAUCGUAUACAUUAGCGCAUGAGCUGGCGCACGUCCUCAGCAUCCCUCACGACAACUCCAAGAAUUGCGAGAAAACGUUUGGGGAGCUCGGCCAACAUCACCUGAUGGCUCCUCUUUUCCUUCAGCUCAACAAAUCCGUUCCCUGGUCUCCGUGCAGCGCCAUGCACCUCACCGAAUUCCUCGACAGCGGCUACGGGGGCUGCCUAUUGGAUGCACCGUCCGUGACGCUGGAGCUUCCCGAGGAUCUGCCCGGGUCGUUAUUCCUGUACGACUUAGACAGCCAGUGCCGCCAGGUGUUCGGGAAGGAGUUCUGGCACUGCCCCAACACCCACCAGAAGGACGUUUGCGCCCAGUUGUGGUGUAAAAUCGAGGGCGAGCACGUGUGUCACACUAAAAACGGUUCCCUCCACUGGGCUGACGGGACCGCCUGCGGAGACCACCGCCUCUGCCUCGACGGGGUUUGCGUUGAUGAAAACUAUGCAAAACCCAAGGUGUCGGUGGAUGGCAAUUGGGGGAGUUGGGGCCCCUGGGGCGAAUGCUCGCGGACGUGCGGUGGCGGGGUGCGCUUCUCCUAUCGGGAAUGUAACAGCCCUGAGCCUCAGAACGGAGGGAGGUAUUGCAACGGCCAGAGGGUGCUAUACGAAUCCUGCAACACAGACGAGUGUCCCGCGCAGGAUCAGAGCUUCCGAGAACAGCAGUGCGCAAAAUACAACCGCAUGUCCAGCGAUGCGGAAGGCCGAGCCCUCGAGUGGAUUCCAAAAUACUCAGGGGUGUCCCCGCGCGAUCGCUGCAAGCUGGUGUGCCGGGCGCGUGGGGCCCGCGAAUUCAAAGUCUUCCAGUCCAAGGUGGUGGACGGCACGCUCUGUGGACCAGAGAGUCUGUCCGUGUGUGUCCAGGGUCAGUGUAUCAAGGCCGGAUGUGACCACGUUCUGGGCUCCUCUAAAAAACUGGACAAGUGCGCCAGGUGUGGUGGAGACGGAUCCACCUGCAGGAAGAUAUCUGGAUCCUUCAACAAAUCUAAUGUCAGGUACGGAUACAAUGAUAUCGUCCACAUACCGGUGGGAGCUACAAAUAUUGACAUCAAGCAGUCUCGAGAGCGCGGGCUUCUACACCAUAGCAAUUACUUGGCAAUCAAGAAGGCAGAUGAGAGUUACCUGCUGAACGGAGACAUUGUUUCUUUGAUGGAGCAGGAUCUGCACCUAAAGGGGACGAUUUUGAAAUACAGCGGAUCUUCAACAAAGCUGGAAAGAAUCCAGAGCUUCAGCCCCCUUCCUGAACCUUUAACGAUACAACUUCGUCGAGGUUUUGGAGAGACGGUCCCGCUAAAAGUGAAAUAUACUUUCUACGUUCCCAAAGUUGUGCCAUACGCAAGGACGAAGGUUAAGAAGAAGGAGAAGGUGUCCCACCACUCGAUAAGGCCGCUUCUAACUUCCAAUUGGGUUUUUGGAGACUGGUCUCAGUGCUCCAAGACGUGUGGUUCCGGGUGGCAAAGGAGGACUGUUGAAUGUCAAAACGUCGAAGGUGGAGCCUCCGACCAGUGCUCCCAGGAGCUGAGGCCUGAGGAUAUCCAACCCUGUUCAAAAUUACCUUGUCCCAUAUGGAGGGUAGGGAGUUGGUCGCCUUGUUCUAAGAGCUGUGGGGAAGGGACGCGGACAAAGAGGGUCUUUUGUGCAGACUACACAGGCAAAGAGACAGAUGCGGACAAGUGUGACCCCAAAAAGAGACCUGCAGAGGAACUGACCUCUUGUAUGCUUGACGAGUGCUAAGGGGCACCACUUUAUAGGGAUAACCAUACAGGCAGCUAUUAAUAUUAGCUCAGUCAAGCUGGUGGGCGCUGAAUAUUGGGAUACCAAGUCAAGAAACCUGGAUUAUUCUUCCCACAAACAUUAAACUAAGGUCGGAGCAUCAGACUCUCUCAGUGCUCUGCGUUCUUCUUUACUGGACAUGCCAACGCGUUUCACAGCCCUACAGAGCCACCGUACAGCCCACGUGCCCCACCAGCAGCGAUUUGAGCUACCGUGCACUAAUUGACAGGAGCCGGUCCCAGCCCUGUCCUAAAGACUAACCACAGAACCGGGGCACAUUUCGUGUUCCAGAUCAAAGCUAGAAAUCUACCUCACUAGAGAAACCUCUGAUCUUUCUGUAUCACCGCAGUGUUAAAGGUCUCUUUUCACCCGCGCAGAGCAGCCAUUGGGAGCCGUUUAUAUAUCUGGCUCCGCAAUGCUUUGCUAUCACAUUAUAUACCAGCCACUGCAUUCGCCUGCCAAGUAUUACGAGUUUACCGCACAUUCGAUGGCUUUUAUUAUACUUUCUCAUGUGUCUGUCUGCCGUCAGGUAAACCAAACCCUGACUUGUAUUUUUUAUUACUUUUUUUCUGUUGCAGAAACAAGCAAAUCUGUACAAACUAUUUGAAUGAUGUAGAACGGUCUACGUUGCCUUCUAGAAUUAUGCUGCUUCAAUAACCUGUAAACAUUUGGCAAUGUAGAUAAAGCUGGGAUUC